CGCUAUUCUGGCCGGUGGGGAGGAGGGGAUAACGGGGGGAUCCUGAAAUUUAGACUUGAUGAUCUAAUUCAAACUUCAGAAAGACCUAAUGUUACCUUAAGUGUAUUACUGUCAUCAGAAGUCAAGUCGUUUGAAAUACAGGUACUGGACAACUUUGCUUGAGUAGGCCUGAAGCCUCGGGUUUCAGCUGGUGUUUGACCCGGACCGUUAAGAGAAAACGAUUGGACCUGCUGGACUUCAAAUCAACAGAACAGUGGCUAUAUCGGUGUAGUUCGUCAUUUUAUUUUUGCGCGGUCUAAAGUGCUGCAAAGGAGGGGGCACUGAUUCGCAUCUGGCCCUGUUAAAGGGACGGGUUAUCCCGAAGCUAACUACUCGCUCAUUCACAAUGCAGUCGUAGCAAGCUAGGCUAGGUUAGAUAGGAAUGGGUGAGUUACAUUACUCUAAAGACACUGCUUGUUGUCUUUACAAAUGGAUAUGUAGCCAGUGAGAUAUCAGUCCUUUAAGUUGGUUAAACAGAUCAUCUGGACAAGGAUUGAUUUAUUUGUCCUACAACUCAGCUGGAUAGUUCGAAGUGCCGGUUUCACACGGCACUGUUCACCGAGUCCCCAAAUGGACUGGAAUGCAGGUCUUUGAUGUUAGUCAGCGGUUGCCAACUAUUUUAUUGUAAUCAGAGGUUUAACUUGAAUUAUAUUCUUUUAAUUUUUCGGUUAAUGUAAACUACCUAGAGUAUUUACUUCAGCUAAACUCGGUCAAUUGAAUUUACUCAUGUCGACGUGAAAAACAACCAGCUUCUGGUAUAGCCUGAAUUUUCUGAGGAAUCUCACGAUUUCCGACCACAUUCACACUGUUCAAACUGAACCAAAUCUGUAAUGGGGAAUACAGUAUCCUGCUGCGUAUCUCCUGGAGGGAGCCCGAAGCUCCCUAGGCAAACAGACCGACUGGAAGAUUACCAAAUAAACACAGACCUUAGUGACGACACUGGUCCGUACCUGCAACACAUCAGCGACAGAGAGCUGCCGGACGAUUUGGCUCUAGAGUCUAACCCUUCAGACCAUGCACGGGCUAGUACCAUUUUCCUCAGCAAGUCACAGACAGACGUACGGGACAGGAGGAAAAGCAAUCAUAUAAACCACGUGAGUGAAUAUAAUGUGUCACCUGGUCCUCUCUCCAAGAAAUAUAGCUCCUGUUCAACGAUAUUCAUUGAUGAUAGUACGGUCAGUCAGCCCAACCUAAAAAGCACAAUCAAAUGUGUCACACUAGCAAUAUAUUACCACAUUAAGAACAGGGACUCUGACAGGUCACUAGACAUUUUCGACGAGAAGAUGCACCCGUUGUCGAGGGAGCAGGUUCCCGAUGACUACUGUCGCACGGAUCCUGAACACAAACUCAUCUACCGCUUUGUGAGAACGCUAUUCAGUGCCGCUCAGCUCACUGCAGAGUGCGCCAUCGUCACGCUGGUGUAUUUAGAGCGACUGCUCACAUAUGCAGAAUUGGACAUUUGCCCUAGUAACUGGAAGCGGAUUGUUCUAGGCGCCAUCCUUUUGGCCUCCAAAGUGUGGGACGACCAGGCAGUGUGGAAUGUGGACUACUGCCAGAUUCUGAAAGAUAUCACUGUGGAGGACAUGAAUGAGAUGGAGCGACAUUUCUUGGAGCUGCUGCAGUUCAACAUCAACGUGCCGGCCAGUGUCUAUGCAAAGUAUUACUUUGACCUGCGUUCACUGGCCGACGACAACAACCUCAGCUUCCCCCUGGAGCCACUGAGCAAUGAGCGAGCACAGAAAUUAGAGGCAAUUUCCAGACUGUGUGAAGACAAAUACAAAGACCUGAGCCGGGCUGCCAUGAGGCGAUCCUUCAGUGCAGACAACCUGGUGGGCAUCCGCAGAUCCAAUGCUGUGCUCUCCUAGAGCCUGCUGACCUCAAGACCUCUUAACCCUGUGACCUUCAGCCAGAGUAUGAGACCAUGACCCCCUCUUCCCCUUAACUUUUCCCGUCUGCCCUCAACAGAGAGAUUUCACCAGUUGCAAGCCCCGUCGAAGACCUGUUACUCAGCCAGUGCAAAACAACCCAUCUACAUAGAGAGAAAAACAGACUGAAGUUUUUUUUUUUGUUUGUUUGUUUGUUUUGUUUUGUUUUUUUGCUUACUAUGUAGGCUACUAGCUGUGAACUUUGUCAGUUUUUAAUUGAAAUCAUUUGCAGAUGGAGUAUUUUAAAUAAACACUAAUCAUGUAACGUA